CCGCACUAGAACUAUUUAGGUUAGACUUUCCAGCCGACCAGACGUUUCCAGUGAGGCGAGGCUGUGGCUAACAGACCUGCGAAGUCAGAGUGCAGAGUGCGCAGAUGCUGCACUCCUCCACCCACAGCGCAUCCUCCCAGCAGUCCAGCCACCCACUCGCCCCGUUCUAGAGACCUCUCCCCCUUCGCGGAAAACUAACGGCACUACUCCUUUGCUAGCCGCAGCUUCCCUUGCAUUCCAGAUCUAAGAGCGAGCGAGAGAGAGUAGAGGUGCGGAGUAAGCGAGCGCGGAGAGAGUAGGCGCACAGAAAGUUCUCGUCGCCUGGAAGCUGCAGGACGAAAUAUCGUCCUGUUAGAACGAAAAACUAUUGACAAGCGAAAGGUCUACAAUUCACACCUACUCUGGCAGAUAAGCAGGUUAACACCUUAAAUCCGUCGGGCUAAUGGCUCAAGUUCAACUAAAUGGAAGCAAUGUCCAAAUCCAAAACAAUGGCAAUACCGUCGAGGAUAAUGAACCCUAUCAAAUAAGUGACGAUGACUUGGAUGACCUGGAUGACGAUUGCCUGCUGGAGGAGGCGGAGACUUCAGGAGUAGCCAAUAGUCUUGGGCGGGGUCCGUACGAGCGGGCUUGGACCACGGAGGCCACCAGAGCAUUGAUCCACAUACGCGGUCCCAUGGAGGGCAGCUUUACAGAGGGCAGACAAAAACGCACAGCUCUUUGGCUUCAUUGCACCCGCCAAUUGCAGCGAUUGGGAUUCCGCUAUUCCGCCGCCAAGGUCCAGAAAAAAUGGCACAACAUCCUUAUUACGUACAACAAAAAUCUGAGCAAGAAAUACGUAUCCGGCUACGUCCACUGGGAGUUCUUUGAGGAGAUGUUCAAGUACUUGCAGGGCAAGAAGGCCGACUUCGAUAUGCAGUUGCCACAGCAAUCCUCCAAUGCGGCACAGGCUCCAACUCCUGUCAACGGCCUCAAUCCGAAUCAAGGUCCUCCCCAGCAACCUAUGCCACAGCAACCUGCUCCGGUGAACGUAAAACCAGGGACACCGCAGAUGCAGCUGCAGAUUCAAUGCCAAGCGCCGGCUAAGGAGGCUCAGCCCUACAUAACUCCCGUGGACCAGGUGCUGCUGCAGGCCCAAAUGAACCUGGACAGCAAGUCCAACGACGAGUUUGACGAGGACAGCAACAGCCUGUCGGAGGUGGUGCGCCAGCCCAAGAUGGAGUACGAUGGCGAUCAGAUUCCAGAGGCGGAGCGCACCAGCGAUAGCAGCCAGCAGCACCUGGAGGCCAAUGGCAAGCUCUACGAUCUGGCGCGUCCAAUGCCACAAGCUCCUGGGAUUCCCGAUGACAUCUGGUGGAAGGACUACUUCGAACGCAAGCUGGAGGUCGAGCGGGAGAAGAUGGAGCUGCAGCGAAACUUGCAGCGCGAACAAGUGCAGAUCCAGAAAAUGUCGCUUGUGCAGCAGGAGCGGAUCGAGCGCAUGAAGAUCGAUGCCAUCAACAGCCUGACGGCCACGCUCCAGAAACUCGUGGAGGCCAAGUGCCACAGGGCCUUAAGAUGAAUCUGUUCCUAG